GUAGUUACCGUUUCUACAUUUAUAUAUGUCAAUGCUACAUCCGGAUUCAGUAUUGACAGUAAUCCACACGAGACAUGAAGUGAAAAAAAUUGAACUAGCGACAUGGGUACACCAAUAAAAGACGUUGUUAUACCAGACAGUGCUCAGAAAGGUUUACUCCUACAGAAACAUUGUGACUACAUUGCUGCAUAUGGCUCAAAGAAAGAUGAUUAUGAGUACUGUAUUACGGAGUACCUUCGGAUGAGUGGCAUGUACUGGGGUCUGACUGUGAUGGACCUGAUGGGGCAGCUGAACCGCAUGGACAAGGACCAGGUCCUCCAGUUUAUACAACAGUGUCAGCAUGAGUGUGGAGGGAUCAGUGCUAGUAUAGGUCAUGACCCCCAUCUCCUGUACACACUUAGUGCAAUACAGAUCCUGACCUUGUAUGAUGCUGUUGAUGUUGUGAAUGUUGAGAAGGUUGUGGAAUAUGUCCGGUCAUUACAACAAGAUGAUGGCAGUUUUUACGGUGACAAAUGGGGUGAAGUUGACACGAGAUUUUCCUUCUGUGCAGUGGCUUGCCUAUCCCUGUUGGGCCGACUGGAUGCUAUAGAUGUGGAUACCACUAUAGAGUUUGUAGUGACCUGUAUGAACUUUGAUGGUGGGUUUGGGUGUCGCCCAGGCAGUGAGUCCCACGCUGGCCAGAUCUACUGCUGUGUGGGGACCCUGGCCAUUACAGGCAACCUCCAUCACAUCAAUGCAGAUCUCCUCGGCUGGUGGCUAUGUGAACGUCAGCUUCCUUCAGGGGGCCUCAAUGGUCGACCUGAAAAAUUACCAGAUGUGUGUUACUCGUGGUGGGUGCUUGCUUCUCUCAAAAUCAUUGGCAAGAUCCACUGGAUUGACAAGGAAAAGCUUGAGAAGUUUAUUUUAGCCUGUCAAGAUGAUGAAACAGGAGGAAUAUCAGACAGACCAGGCGAUAUUGUGGACCCAUUCCACACCUUGUUUGGGAUAUGUGGCCUGUCUUUACUAGGUAAUGAUAAUAUCAAAUCUGUGAAUCCUGUAUACUGUUUACCCGAUGAAGUCGUACAACGUGUAGGCAUACGACUUGAACUGUUGUGAGUCCUGUAUACUAUUUGCCCGAGGAAGACAUACAACAUGUAGGCAUACAACUUGAACUGUUGUGAGUCCUGUAUACUAUUUGCCUGAGGAAGUCGUACAGCGUAUAGGCAUCAGAAUCAAACUGUUGAGAUUUCUGUAAACUGUUUGCCUGAAGAGUUUAUACAACAUGUAGACACACUCAAACUGUUGUAAUCACUUAGCCUGUGUAACAAACUGUUUUGGUCACUUUAUCAAAUGUUGAUGUUAAACUUGAGAGCUCUGCUGGAAGUGUAAUUCACGGGAAAGCGAUAUGAAAAAAAGUUUGUAUCAGAUUAGAAUGCAUGUAAAUUAAUAUAUAUGGUUGGGAUGAUGAUAAGAUGCUGUAAAUUAAACUCAUCUUGACAGAGCAUGUUUGAGGUUUCAUUUGACCCUAAUGCUGUAUGUGGUAGUAGAAAUCUGAUGGAUAUAUUUGGAGGUAUAUCAGAGUCUGUGUUAAUUAUAUGUAUCAGUGGAUUUUUAGCAACUUUGCUCUCAAUCUUUUGAAAGAGUAAAUAAGUAUGAAAAUGAAAAGGAUGCCGUUGGGAAACAUUCCAUUCCACAAGACAGGACUCCAGUCAGAUUGAGGGAUGGUUAUAUAUAUAAUUAUGUGUAAAUGAAGGAUGAUUGUUAAUUUCAACAGUAUAUUUGUUUUUUAAAUUGAGUUUAUGUAUUAUGAAUGUGUUUUGAAUGAUUUAUGAAAAAUAUGUGUAUUGGAUAUAUAUAAUUUAAAUUCCCUCCUUGAUCUCCGUUUGUAAUGAAGUAUUAAUGAAUAAUGUUCUACGCAGUUGCCACGUAAUGUAUACGUGCACAAUGUCCUUAUGAUUGUCUUUCACAUUUUGAUUGAGCAUUGUUUAAACAGGUAACAAUAGACGAUGCAGUGGAAUCAAAUCCAUGUUUUGUAUUUUCCAAUAUGGUAAUUGAAAUAUCAAGUAAGAAAUAGAAACGUAAUUAGGUCUUGACCAUGAAUAUUUAUGUCAUAUGGAAAAAACAAAUAACCCAAAUAUCACUGUUGACACAUUGAAUUUGAAGCAAAUUUUUAAUUUGGCCACAUUGACUCAACUAUCUUUACGUUUUCUCUAUAGAUCUAGUACUUGAUGUGGAACAUCGCGCAUAUUCAGAAGGGUGUCAUUAUUAAAUUUGACUUUAUUUAAUAUUCACAUUUCCUGUUAGUACAAAUAUGUGAUUAGAUUUAACAACAGUUAGGUAUACUGACAAAGUGAAAGGAAGGGAAGUAUAACUCUGUUAGAUCAGAAUACAAAUACUAUUCAUAAACUAUUUGUUUUCCUAAUGAGAAUGAUAUAUGGAAACAUUUUGUUUAUUUGUGAAUGUCAUUGCUUUACUACUCAUUUAACACAACUGUUGUGUUUAUUAUUUAUAAUAAAAAAAAUAGAAAGUUUA